GAUUGUGAACAGAUAGUUUUUGCUCUGUUUCAGUUGUUUGGAGAGUAUAGCGCCCAAAAGCGGAAAAGAAUUAUGUCGACUGACGGUUCCGCUAUGUUCUAUCAGACAGCAAAGGCACUAUGGACUCUUCGUUUUUCUUGGUUCUCUUCUCACAAGCCGAUUUUCCUAGUUUUGGGUCGUAAAUAUCGAUCUGAUCCAGGCCAACUGGCUCACUGCACCAAAUAUAGCGUCUGC